AUGACUUCUAAGAGGCUACCCGCUGACACUUGUGACAGGCCGCUUUACAAAAUAGUGGUUGUAGGUGAUGGAGGUGUUGGAAAGUCUGCACUAACAAUCCAGUACUUCCAGAGAAUGUUUCUUGAAGAACAUGAUCCUACGAUUGAGGACUCAUACAUCCAAAACGCUGAGAUCGAUAAUGAGCUGUGUAUGUUGUAUGUACUGGAUACUGCAGGACAGGAGGAGUUUAGUGCAAUGCGAGAGCAGUAUAUGCGCAUAGGUCAAGGAUUUAUCAUUGUAUACUCAGUGACAGAUCCUCAGAGUUUUGAAGAAGUUCAGAGAUUUCACAAAGAAAUUUCACGGUGUAAAGACUGUGGUUCUUAUCCUAUGAUAUUGGCAGCAAAUAAGAUUGAUUUGUCUCAACAACGCCAAGUUUCGGAAGAAGAGGGUAAACGUCUAGCCACUUAUCUCCAAUAACUAUAAAUGAAAGGGAUAAAAUAAAGAUUUGUCACCAUCUAUAUCAAAUGACUGUACAGAUUGGAAUGUCAUUUUUCUAGUUCAUUUCAUCAAUGUAAGUACAAAUUGUAAGUUGUCAUACUAGUAAGUUGGUUGUAUGAUAAUUAUUUUAUUCCAUGCUUGUAGUAUUUUCUUCAUAAAAUCGACACACAAAGCUAGUAUUUUACAGUUUCCUACAAACGGCUUAUUCCAUAAUGGUAUCAAUGAUACAAAUAAAAGUUCCUUACAUUGAAACAAGUGCUAAAGAUCCUCCAGUUAAUGUAGACAAAAUGUUUCACGAUAUGGUACGAAUUAUCAGAAAACCUAAUGCUACUACUUACCGGUUUUCCAACGCGAAAUGAUCAAGGUGAAUUUUAAGUUGAUUGAUGACGCAGAGCCGAAAACUUUAACUAACAAAUCCACUGUUUUGUUUCAAUUGUUUAGCUUAAUAAAUGACUGUGACUAGACAAACUAAUGAAGAUAAACUAUUUGAUUAAUAAAAUUAAUUAUUUUGGUUUCAUGUUUUUUUUCUCAGAAAACUGCCUCCACCGCAAUUAAUCUCGAAAGGUGAUCGUAAAAAAGUUCGUUGUUUGUUAUUAUGACAUGUUGGUUGGUGUGGAGGCUAAUUAAACUUUUCUCAUAUACUUAAACAAAGCGUAAUCAUCUUCAGUGCCUAGGUGCUUCUUCAAUAUUUGAUAUCAUUGAUCGGUAUACAUCCUGCAUACCCCCACCCUGCC